AUGGGAUAUACUGAAUACUGCGUCCUUAUCUCAAUGAAAUCCGAACGAAUGAAUUAUGUUGAAUUAAGCAUUUGGAUAUUGUUUUGCCUUGUUUCAAUAUGCUGGACAGCACCUUUCGAUCGAAAAGGAAAAUGUGAUCCAGAUUGUGAUUACAAUAUAACCCAACUUAUACAAACCAAAGGUUAUCCAUGCGAAGAACAUAAAGUCGUAACAGAAGAUGGUUAUAUUUUGGGCGUCUUUCGCAUCUCACAUGGUCGUAAUGGCUCAUCAGUAGGUCGACCAGUUCUUCUGCAACAUGGGCUUCUUGAUAGUGCAGUAACAUGGGUGAUGAACUUUCCCGAUCAAAGUCUCGCUUUCAUCUUAGCUGAUGCCGGCUAUGAUGUUUGGCUGGGAAAUAUGCGUGGAAAUUACUAUUCUCGUGCCCACGUCAAAUACAAUCCUGAUCAUGACGAAGAAUUCUGGGAUUUCAGCUGGGACGAUAUGGCACGUGAUGAUCUACCAUCAAUGAUUUAUUAUAUUUUAAACGCAACAAAACAUACACAAGUGGCUUAUGUUGGCCAUUCACAAGGAACAGCUAUUGCUUUUGCUGAAUUCGGUCGUAUGAAUAGUGCUCUACAAAAUAGUGUUAGCUUUUGGUCAGCAUUAGCACCAAUAGCACAACUCGGCCAUAUUAAAUCGCCUAUCAAAUACUUAUCACCACCCGCUAUAGCAGACAGUAUAGAACGUGUUUGGCAUUUAAUAUUUGGCCGAAAUGAAUUUUUACCUUCAUCAUCCAUGAUACAUUGGUUUGCAGAACAUGCUUGUGACGAGACGAUUAUCGAUAAAGAAGUCUGUGAAAAUAUUCUAUUCGUUCUAUGCGGACCAGAAACGAAUAAUAUGAACAUUUCCCGCAUUGCUGUUUACGGUGCUCACGAACCUGGUGGAACCUCUGUAAAAAAUAUGAUUCACUUUGCCCAAGGUAUACAGUCGAAUCUGUUCGAAGCAUAUGAUUAUGGUUCACCAGAAAAAAAUCAAUUGCAUUACAAUCAAACGACACCACCUCUAUAUUCAAUUCGUCCCAUAAAAAUUCCAACAGCUAUAUUUUGGUCCGGCGAAGAUUGGCUCGCUGAUCCUGUGGAUGUCGCUUACAUAUUUGAUAAUAUUCAAAGUUUGGUCUACGAGAAAUACAUUCCAGAUUACAAUCAUUUAGACUUCGUUUGGGGAAUGACUGCAAAUAAAGUCAUCUAUUCAGAUUUGAUCGCUCAAAUGAAAAAAUAUCAUCCGCCAACGUAA